AUGUCGACCGCUUUCGUCCAGAAGCCCGCGCCUGCGUUCAAGGCCACCACCGUCUUCCCCGGCGGCGCCUUCAAGGACAUCUCCCUGUCCGACUACUUGGGCCAAUGGGUCGUUCUCCUCUUCUAUCCCAUGGAUUUCACCUUCGUCUGCCCGACCGAGAUCAUCCAAUACAAUGACGCCCUGCCUCGCUUCUCCGCCCUCAACACCCAGGUCUUUGGCGUCUCGACCGAUUCCCACUUCUCCCACCUGGCAUGGAUUGAGCGCCCUCGCAAGAUGGGCGGUCUGGGCGACGACCUGCAGCUGCCCCUCAUCGCCGAUAAGAGCAUGUCCAUCUCGCGCAGCUACGGCGUGCUGAUUGAGGACGAGGGCGUCGCUCUGCGCGGUGUCUUCAUCAUCGACCCCAAGGGCAUCCUGCGACAGAUCACCAUCAACGACCUGCCAGUUGGCCGAAACGUGGAGGAGACAUUGCGCUUGGUCGAGGCUAUUCAGUUCACCGACGAGCACGGCGAGGUGUGUCCUGCGGGAUGGCAGUCGGGCGGCAAGACGAUGAAGGCAGACCCCAAGGGUAGCUUGGAAUACUUCGGCGCUACAAACGGCCAGAACGGACACGACAGUAGCACCAUGGAGGUGGAUGGACAGCCCAAGAAGCGGGCUCGUGUUUGA